AUGGCAGACCGAUGUUGUAUGGUACCGAAGCACUCUGGGCGUAAUGUGCUGCCGAAUAGUCCUCUCUUCAGUCGGCUUCUCCGAUUUGCCAACCGGAGACCUGCUCGUAUAGCUAUUGACGAUGUUCGGUUGAAUAUGCAGAAGACAUAUCUAGAAUUGCUCUCGGAUGUGCUAGCCCUGAGGGAAAGGCUUCUCGGCACGUUGACGAGUGCGACUCGUGAAGCACUCGAAAGACGAGAAGAGGUAUACAUCGCCAUAAUAGCACCUGGAGGCUAUGAAUACGCGAUAGCAGUGUUGGCGAUACUUGCUCUUGGAGCUGCUGUAGUGCCACUGACUCCAGCUCUACCCGUAGAAGAGGCAGUCUACUUCAUCGAGAAAUCAAGGGCAGUACUAGUUCUUGCUAGCUCGUCGAAUGUGAGCAAAUGUCGCGACCUGGAAACCCGGAUUGCAUCGAUGAGUAACAAGAGCUUCCAAGCCGUAAGCAUUCAGCCAACGACUUCGAAUCCUACCCUCUAUGCUGGAGACAUCAUCAUCUCUUCUGAUCGUACUUUGGAUGAGAACGCGCCCGCUGUGGUCAUCUUCACCAGCGGGACUACUGGGCCACCUAAGGGUGCAGUUAUGCGAAGAUCUUUCAUCUUUGAUUGUGCACUCGAAGUGGCAGAUCAUUACCAGCUAACGGAAGAUGAUGUCGCUCUCCACGUUCUUCCGGUACACCAUGCUACCGGUGUUGGCAUCAACUUCUUUCCGUCUCUCGUAGCUGGUAGCCGGAUCGAGUUUCGCAGCGGAGGCUUUGACGAAGAGCAAACGUGGGAGCGAUGGAAACAGGGCGCGUCCGACACCAAACGACGACUGACUGUCUUCUCUGGUGUACCCACUAUAUACAUGAGGAUGAGACGGUACUAUCAACAACGAAUAAGCAAGCUACCUGCAGAUGAGAUAGCGAAGUACGUCGCGGGAGCGAGACAGUUUCGAGCCUGCUUAUGCGGCACAUCAGCACUACCGCAGCCGCUUGAUGACUUCUGGAAAGAUCUGAUGCAAAAGCCGAUCCUGCAAAGAUACGGAGCCACUGAGUUUGGGGCUAUCUUCAAGAUGCGCCUUGGCGACGGCAGCGUUCCAGAAGGCUCAGUUGGUGAACUCUCCAGUGGCGUUGAUGUCAAGCUAUCCGGAGACGAAGGAGAGGUGCUUGUGAAAAGCCCACAUAUGUUCUCAAAGUACCUGCGUGAUCCUGAAGGAACUGCAAAAGCUCAUGAUGGAGAUGGAUACUUCCGAAGCGGCGACAUUGCACGACGAGAGGGUAAAUAUUACUUCGUUAUCGGUCGGGCGUCUCUAGACAUCAUCAAGUCAGGCGGGUACAAGAUCUCGGCUCUGGACGUCGAGCGCGAACUGCUGAGUCUGCCAUAUGUAGCCGAAGCCAUGGUGGUUGGUGUACCAGAUGAGGAGUACGGGCAACGCGUCGCUGCACUGGUCUCGCUGCAGAAUGAGGCAACGCCUUCCGCAUCCUCGAGAAACAACACCUCCCGACACGUGUUGACCAUCGACGACUUGCGGCGAGAUCUACGUGAGAGGUUGGCUGGGUACAAGCUACCCACGCUAUUGAGAAUCGUGGACAGCGAGCUUCCGAAGACGAUAACAGGAAAGGUGCAGAAAAAGAUUCUUGGGCCGCGCUUCUUCCCUGCCGAUUACCAUGAGCGUCCCGAGGUACAAAGAUGGGUUGCGCGAUCUUCAGAGACGGCCCUGGCGAAGUUGUGA